AUGUGUCCCUUCCCAGGCGCUAUUACAUCACAACGUGAAUACAUCUACAAUGCCCAGGAGCAUGCUGGGGAGCUGGAGUCCCAGGCAUGUUGCAUGGAGGCACAGACAUAUAAAGUCCAUGGUGAUAGUGAGAUCCUUGUCAGCACGCAAAAGACAAUGAGCAGGGCUAGCGGCAAUCACCACAAAAGCUGCACUAUAAUUGAACCUGCCAAAAUUUUCAACUUUUCUCAGUGUUUUAAGACAGGAUGGCCGGGUAGUGAUCCACCAUACACACUAGAGGCCGCCAAGUGGCGGCAAAAACCUUGCUUAGCCUUGUUACUAUGGCUUGCCACAGUGGAAUUGGGCAAGUUUAAUAUGUUGGCUCUGUAG